CUCGCAGUUCACGAGAUGCCAGUUGUCGUUAAGGUAGUACCCGCCGUAAGCCCGGCCUUCCGUCAGUUACCCGCAGGUGGUCGGAGAGUGAGUUCCGACGUCUCCUCCGGCGCUUCCACACACUCGCGCACACGCACCGAGCGCGGUCUGCCGUCCGCGGAAGAGGCAGGGAGUGUUAGUGACUCCCGUUUCCAGCCGUUGUUCGUUCGUCUGAUUAUCGCAAUGGGUUUCCUCCGACCCUCUGUGGCGGUGGCGGUCCUGGCGGGUCGUGGGGGCGCGCAGCUGCCCUUCUCGGCCAUCCCGACCAUUUCCGACGAGCUGAGGGCGAAGGCGCUGUCCACGAGGGCCACCCGGUUCCUGCGCCUGUGGGAGUACGCGCUCAAGGUGGACGGUCAGGGCCCAGGGCCGGCCAUUAGGGUCAACUUCGAAGCCAAGACGAUCCUCGCGCCGGGGCCCCUCGCCUACUUCAACCUGAUCCCCCAGGACGCCUCCGACCCUCUCUACGGGAAGUCGAAGCCCCUGCAGGCCCUCCGGAGGACCUUCCUGCUCGACCACCUCGUCCUCGACCCCAUUGAGCCCUCGGACCCCAAGCUCGAGGAGGGAGACGGCGUCCGCGCUCUCACCUUCACCGGGAAGGACCUCUACUUCAAGAAGGACAAGGAGGGCAACAUCACCGUGGGGGGCGUGGCCGUCCAGGACGUGACGAGCCUGCAUGACGGCACGCAGGUCUACAUCUUGGCCGACAUCUUGUUCGACAACCGAGCGAAGGUCCGCACGGCCUUCAACCAGCGCCAGGCCAUCGCCGAGGAGCUCAGGAAGCCCCUGGGGCCACCGCUCGACAUCCCUGACACGCCGUCGUCCUUCCCCACCAUCCUGCGCAGCCCCGCCCCCCCUCCGCCGGGGCUGGUUGGGCCCCCCGCCAUCCCGACGCUUUCGGAGGACCCGCUGGUGCGGCCGCCCGCCCCGCCGCCCUCCUUCAGCGCCGCCGCCCCCCCGGCCACUCCGACGUUCGUUGUGGACCCGGCGGUGCUCCCCCCCGCCGCCCUCCCUCAGACGUCGCCGGGCCCCCGGCCCUCCUUCAGGCGUCGCCGGGCCCCCCGCCCCUCCCCCCUUCCGAGCGCAGUUCCCGCCCCCGGAGCUCCCCCUCCGCCCCCGCGGCUCCCCCAGCAGCGCCCCCAGCAGCCAUCACGGCCGCCGACGACGCCAUCAUCUUCCCGGCUGAGGUAAGGCGCAGGUAGUCACGCCCCCGACCUGUCCAAGACGACUCGCGCGCCCACUCGACCUGUGGGUUUCUUCUUGACCUCCCACGACCCAUCCUUCCUUGGUCUACCUUUAACCUUCUCCUCUCGCCCUCUCGCCUUUCGCCUCUCCCUCCUUGUCCGUCUCUUUGCGCUCUCCUUUCUCCCUUCUCGUUCUCUUCUCGAGUUCUUUCUCUCCCCUUGAUAUUUCUUUACGCUUCCUGCUUCUGCCUCCGUUUCUAACCAGUCGCCGGCCGUCGCUUUUCCCUCUUCAUCUCUCUCCUCCUUGCUUACUUGCCUCGGCUCCCUCUGGCAACUUUCCUCAUCAUUGUGUUUGCCUCAUAUAUAUAUGUAUAUAUAUAUAUAUAUAUAUAUAUAUAUGUAUAUACAUAUACAUUUAUAUAUGUAUUAUAAUCGUAGGAACUUUCUUCAAGAGUUAAUGGAAGACGCGCCAGUUUCAGCAAACAGUGCUGGAUGGACAAAAUUCAAGCUUUUCUUAACACUCCAUUAUUAUCCUUUUCCUUGAAAGCUUUUGUGAAACUGUUCAGUCAUAUUAGAUGAUGCUUACUUUUAUUCCCGGAUGAAUUGUUGUCCAAAUGCCAGUGCUUGUAUUUUUAACAACCUUCCUGCUUAUCUGUAGUUAUCCGCCAUGUUGCAUCUCCGCUUUUCUCGUCGUUUUUGUUUUUCUUCUUCAUUAUGGAUUGCUUCAUAAAGCAUAUAAGAUAUUGACACUUUCUUUGGAAUUCAAUAAUUAACUAUUGAUAAAGUAACGUAAAUGAAUAAACUAUUCAAAAUUAAAUACCUGAACUAAAUACCUAAAUCAUAUUCAAAAUCACUUUUCGAAAAUCAGAAAACAGUUUGAUAUGAUUCUGACAGUCACUUGUAAAAUGCACAUUAGAUAUAUUUCAUCCUGAUUUCAUACUCUUGCCUUUCAAUUUUUCUCUUAAUUGACUUCCGCACAUUAACUGCAAUUGGUGUAAAUGAUCUUAAUUAUAUUUACAUUAAUAAAUCAUCAAUAACAAGCUGUAAGCGGCAUGAAUUAUGGAUGUAAUAUUUAGUUCUGCUUUUAUGUACAGCAUUAGUCAAGUUAUAUGCAAUGUGCUAUAAAAGAUUGUAUACUUGCUAUUUCUGUCACAGUAGAUAUAAAUUAUAUUAUCUAAAUUAUUGUAUCUAUUACAUUUUUUAAAUAAAAGUAUAUAAUUUU